CCAUGCGCCCAACGCACCGAUCUAGUAAUGACCUAACGCGCAGCGCUGCACGCGGAGCGCCGCUGCCGCGCGCACCCGCGGAUUUUAUCCACUGCGAUUUCUCUUUUCAAGACAAAACACUUUUCUGGACGACUUUGCAGUGAUUGUUUCGGGAUUACCUCUGGAUAAGCUGAGAAUGAAGGCAAUGUUCUGGAGGUUCAGCCUGAACUUGAUCAUGUAGAGACGUUGGGAGCCAGUAAACCUGCAGCAUUCAGCCAUGUUAACCUUGAGCCGCUGCAACUCGUCAGCCUCCUCGUCACUUUCCCUUCCUCUGUCAAACGACACGUUAGAGAAGGUGCAGCUUGAAGCAGUGAAAGGACUGUCACUGCAGAGAAACAUCACCUUGGACCCGCCCACCACCAGUGGCCCCAUCGCCGCCAUGUUGUCCAUGACCCUUGGCAUUGUCUCCAAUGCUGUAGCUCUCUUCAUCCUGGUCAAUGCCUACUACUUCCAGCGCCGGCACUCUAAAGCCACUUUUCUUCUAUUUGCCAGCAUGCUGGUGUUCACAGACUUCAUCGGCCACUUGAUCCCCGGGGCGCUGGUUCUUAGGCUCUACCUGUCUGAAGACGUGCCUGUCGAGGACUAUGACCCUGCAGAUGGCAUGUGCCAGUUCCUGGGUGGCAGCAUGGUGUUCUUUGGCUUGUGUCCUCUCUUCCUGGGCUGUGCCAUGGCUGCAGAGCGCUGUUUAGGUGUUACUAAACCACUGCUGCACUCGUCCAUGGUCACCACCACCCGUACUAAGAUCUCGCUGUCUGUCAUCUGGCUGGCAGCGCUCUGUGUGGCUUUGCUGCCGUGUGUGCAGCUGGGCUCCUACACCUAUCAGUUCCCAGGGACGUGGUGUUUCAUUAAGGUGCUGGAGGACACUGAAGAGGUGGAUGUGGUGUUUGUGGUGCUGUUCUCUGGUCUGGGUUUGGCCUCCCUGGCUAUCGCACUGGUGUGUAACACAAUCAGCGGACUGACACUGGUGUUGGCUCGGCUCAGGAGGCGGCCAGGCUCCCAUCACUCAGCCAAGUCCCAUGACAUAGAGAUGGUGGUGCAGCUGGUGGGGAUCAUGGUCACCUCGUGUAUCUGCUGGAGCCCUCUGCUGAUCUUUGGAAUGAUGUCUGUGAUUCACUCCUACACAAACUCGAUUGGGGAAAAUCUGCCCAACUACAAAACCCUGAUGGUAAUGGGUGUGAGACUGGCCUCAUGGAACCAGAUCCUUGACCCCUGGGUCUACAUUCUGCUGCGCCGCACCGUCCUCCGCAAGAUCUACCUCAUUGCUAAGUGCCAGGCAGGUGUGAAGGGCGCGGCCUUACGCCGGUGGGAGCCCAACUACUUUCACAGCUCCGAGAUGAAAGCAGUCGAUCAAACGUGAGCGGAGACGAGAACUCAGAUCAUUUCUCUCAUGCAGCUGGAGUUUGUCAUUAGGUCACUGAACAGAUUGAAGGAGUCAAGACCCAGCAAUGACAAAUAGCAAACGCUCUGCACUUCUGUUUAGCUUUACCAUCUGACUCAGACACUCAAAGCACCUUACAGUGAUCUCACACACACACACACACACACGUGCGCACACUGAAGUCAGAGUGCAAGGUCCUCAACUGCACACCAGGAGCAACUUGGAAAUUAAAGAUCUUGCUUAAGGGAAGCGUAGCAAUUUCUUAUCUUACUCACAGGGAAUCCUGUCUGUCUCACCAUCAAAGUUUACCAUUUUAUUAUUUUAUUUUUACCUUAGACAUGAAAGCUAGCUAAUGCUGUGAUUUUGCACAAAUUAUCUUUUUGUUGUUAAAUUCUACAGUUUCUUUGUAAUAAGUGAACAUUUUUGAACAAUAUUCCUUGUCUUAACAAUCAUUCAGAUUAACGUUGUCUCAAUUAGGGGCGUAGCCAGGAUUUUCUUUAAUAUAUUCAUAUAUCUAUCUGUCUAUAGGUAGAUAGAUAUACAGUGCAUCCAGAAAGUAUUCACAGUGCUUCACUUUUUCCACAUUUUGUUAUGUUAAAGUCUUUUUUCCAAAAUGGAGUACAUUCAUUUUCCCCUCAAGAUUCUACUCAUAA